ACGCGGCGGCGGCGCGGUGCAGGGCCACGACGCGCAGGCGGGGGCGCUGUGGUCUCGCUGGGCGAUCGCGGCGCCAGGCCCGCCUCUUUCUCCGCCCGCCGCCCGUGCCGCCGGGAAGCCGGGAGGAGCAGGCCCGGCCACAGUGCGGCCGAGCGUGUAGAGUCGCCCCGCGCAGCGGCGACCUCGCGCCGCCUUUGUCCGCGGCUGGCCGCAGAGCCCCGUGGGGACCGCCUGCGAUGGCCCCGCAGCAGGGGCGGCCCGCACUGCCCGCGCGCUGCGAGCCCCCGCCCGUGCCGCCCCGCCGGGAGCGCGGAGGGCGCGGGGGGCGCGGGCCCGGGGCGCCGGGGAGCCGGGGGCGCGCGGGGGGCCCCGAGGGGCGCGGCGUCAAGUGCGUGCUGGUCGGUGACGGCGCCGUGGGCAAGACCAGCCUGGUGGUGAGCUACACCACCAACGGCUACCCCACCGAGUACAUCCCCACCGCCUUCGACAACUUCUCGGCUGUGGUGUCAGUGGAUGGGCGGCCUGUGAGACUCCAGCUCUGUGACACUGCAGGACAGGACGAGUUUGACAAGCUGAGGCCCCUCUGCUACACCAACACAGAUGUCUUCCUACUGUGCUUCAGUGUGGUGAGCCCUGCAUCAUUCCAAAAUGUCUGCGAGAAGUGGGUGCCUGAGAUCCGAUGCCACUGCCCCAAAACCCCCAUCAUCCUGGUUGGGACACAGUCAGAUCUCAGAGAGGAUGUUAAAGUGCUCAUUGAGCUGGACAAAUGUAGAGAGAAGCCAGUGCCUGAGGAGGCAGCAAAGCUGUGUGCAGAGGAAAUCAAAGCCAUCUCCUACAUCGAGUGCUCAGCCUUGACUCAGAAGAACCUCAAGGAGGUAUUCGAUGCCGCCAUCGUGGCUGGCAUCCAGCACUCAGACUGCCAGCAGCAGCCCAGGAAGUGCAAGAGCAGAGCCCCGGACAAAGUUAGGACCCUCUCCAAGUCCUGGUGGGGAAAGUACUGCUGCCUGGCAUGACGCUACGGAGCUGUACAGACAGCCACCUCUGAGGUGGUGCUAAGGGGAAUGACUGCGUGUUUGUGUGUGUGCGUGCAUGUGUGAGAGAGAAAACGCACACAGAGGAGCCCAAGCUUGUGCAUUCCUCCAUCCCUUACAUUUUCUUGCUUGUUGGAGCUUAGCAAUGAGAUUCUUGUACAAGAUAAAAAAGGUAAAGGAAUUUUGGAAUAAGUUAAGAAUUUUUUUUCACAACUCUGGAAAUUUAGAGCUCUAGACCUCUGGAUUAAUUUAUAUCUAAUGUGGAAAGAACACCUCAAAGCUGGAUGUCAAGAAUGAAAUUUUGCUAUAUCACCAUGAACAGACAGAUGAAGCGGGGUGUUGUGGUUUUGACCCUCUGGAUUAAGGGCUGCUUGGUGCUUGGUGCAUUGUGUGCACAUGGCAGCCUUUGUGAAAACAUCUCAGCUUUGAAACUCCGUGAAACCAUACCUUUUUGUUUUUAAGAGUAAAAAAAGUCAGAAAACAGUGAGAGACCUCUACGUACAAUCCUUUGUCAUCAAUAAUACUCAAUUGCUUAAGUUUUGCAACCAAAAAAAAAAAAAAAACAUUCCCACUGAUUGCUGGCACUGGGUAGACCAAAAAGGAAGAUUGUUUGAAAUUGGGAUUUUUUUUCAUCCUAAAGCCAAUUGCGCCCACACUGUAUGAAAUGAGCCAAAAUGCCCUGCGGAAGGCCCUGCCAGCACAGCUCUCCUACUGUCUUUGAGGAGUAACUCACAUUGAGAUCAGAGGUUGUGGUUGCUCUCAGGGCUAACUUGUCCCUAGGCCACCUAAACCUGGUGAUGGGGCCAGAGGGAGCUGCUGUCUGGUGUUGAAAGCUAUACCCUGCUGCCCAUCCACAGGACAGUGAUUGCAAUGAGAGGUGCAGCAGAUGCUGUGGGACACUGGCACCUUUCCCCUCGAGUCGGCAGAAGUCCUCUGUGGGCAUGCGCGUGUGCGUGCGUAGGCAUGGUAUUGGCUGCAGUUUCAGACUUUAAACGAUUUUUGGGGAAGUGGCCACAAGGCCUGUCAGAGUGGCUUAGCUUCCACUUCUUUUCACUGCUUCCUGGAGCAGAUAUCUUUUUGAUUGUACGCUAGCUUAUGGUUUUAAAUUUAUCUUAAUUUGCACACUUUUGAGACCACUUUAAAACAAGUAGAAUGAACACAUCUAGAGACCUGUUAGGACAGCCAGUUCAUUCCCCAGUGGCUCCCAGAGGCCGGCAGCAGAGAGAGCACUGUGUCAGGCCCAGGUGUGGCCACCAGGUGUAUCCUUGCUGGGAGACAUUGACAAAGCCAUACUCAUGAGACCCUUAAAGCCAAACCUUCUGAAGACAGUUCUGAUGAGAGAUCUCUUGUGUGGGAUGGGUCUGCUCCCAAGAUGCCUCAGUGGCUGGACAUUGAGUCAUAGUGUCAGGUUUGCCCUGCAUGAAGCAGUCACCAAAGUCACUUCGACAGCUAGCUGGGGACAUCUCCAGGAAGCCAGUGGGUAGCAGGUUUUUAUCUCUGUGGGUUUUGUGUUACCUUUUUUAUAGUUAAAAAAAAUCUAGUUUUUAUUUUUAUGUAGAAAAACAGUAAAAGAUCAUACCAUUGUUUUGGGCUUCUUUUCUAGGUAGUAAAUAAUUUUAAGGAAUUUGUUCAACAAAGGUUAAUCUUUAAACCACUAAAAUACACAGACUGUUUACUAUUGAUUUUUCUACACAUUGAAAUUGGUAUCGGCCCUAGUUUCCUGGAGUGUUUAGUUAAACCUGAAUGAAAAAAACUGCUUCAGUUUUGGAAAUGCUUGUAGCAGACUGACUUCCUGUAGCCAUCUAGUUGUCCCUGGCUUUGCUCCCUGGAAAGCAGGUUUCCAGAUGAGGCCCUGUCAGCAGAGUGGGGAGGGACUGGUUACUUAACUGGAAGUCCUUUCACGAGUUAUAAUAAAAUGUACAAAGGCAAAUGAGUUUUUAAGGCAAAACCCAAACUUGAAAGAAGUCUGCACUGUGACUGUCUGGGCUGUCCCCUCUGCUGUGGGGUAUAAUGGGAGGCCGUCAGUGCAGGGUGCUGCCUGACCCCAUUCUGGAAGCUUCACUCAAAGGUUUGAGUGCUUGUGUCUAGCUGAGUGACAUUUAAAUGCCACCGUUUUUAGUUACUGUAUGUUGCUGCAUUUAUAAAAUAAUGAGGUAUGAUUGUACUUGAAGUUUUCCUCCAUUUUUCCUGAAAAGUAGAGAUAUAGACUGAGAAAAAUUUAAAGAUAGUAUGUUUGGAUUAAAUGACUCACUGCACAGCUGAAAUGGUUAAAUGUGCAGCUUGGUUUGCAGAGGGUUUCAGGCCUAAGUCCUACAGUCCAGGCUGAUACCAUAAUGUAGAAACACUGAGCUGGGCUCCAGACUGUCUUCCUCCUACUACAUGUGAGUAAAUGGACAUUUCGCAACCUCCCUUCUCUGCUUGGCCGACUUACAAGCCCAGGAAUCUGCCCAGGAAUCUCACAAGCCGAAGUGGGAGCAGGGCUCCUCUCUAGCCUGCCACAACCUGGUGCCUUAUGAAGUCGUCUCUUUUGUGUCCAUGUGUGAAUGACACUGGGCAGAAUCCUGUACUUGAAAAUGCUGUAAACGGUGUGGUAUGAAAUAAAUUCUCACCUGUGGAUUCUA